AAGGGAGCUUGGUUGAAGACAGAACUGGGGUCUGUGACUUGCUCUCGGGCAGUGUUUGAUCGGUGCAUCGUUUCUCCCUGGAAAGGGAGGGAGGCUUGGAGGUCGAGAGGGAGUCACCGCUGCAGCCCGAACUCGAAGUCGCUAGGACUUCUCUCAAACUUGUGUGCUGAGGAGACUCGAUGUUGGCCUCAGCAACUAGGCUGAAGUCAGCAGAUUGACUCAUGAAAACUUAUGUACUGAGACAAAGAAAAGGAUCUAGCAGAAAGCAACAUCUCUUAUCCUGGGGUUGGCAGCAGGGAAGAGGACAAGGAGUGGAAAUCCUGCAAUCUGAAAAGCAGACUGAAAGGUGACAAAGAAGCUGAAGAUGGGUGGUGGAGAGAGGUAUAACAUUCCAGCCCCCCAAUCUAGAAAUGUUAGUAAGAAUCAACAACAGCACAGUAGACAGAAGACCAAGGAUCGGAAUCCCCAGGUGAAGAUCAUUCAUAAGAAAAAAAAAAGAGGACACCGGUACAGUCCACCGGCAGCUGCAUGGCAGGCCAUGCAGAGUGGGGGAAAGAACAAGAACCUCGCUAACAACUCCAACUGGAAUGCCAGCUUAUCAAGUCCAAGCUUGCUUUUUAAGCCUCAAGCUAACCAAAACUAUGCUGGAGCCAAAUUUAGUGAACCACCAUCACCAAGUGUUCUCCCCAAGCCACCAAGCCACUGGGUUCCUGUUUCAUUGAGCAGUUCAGAUAAGGAGAUAAUGACAUUUCCACUCAAAACCCUACUUAAAGUCCAGGUUUAA